CUCACCGCCGCUCCGUCCCAGUUUCUUCUUUCUCUUCCUCCUCCUGCUCCGUUCCAUGAUCCAGGUUUCCGAUAGAGCUGUAAAUUGGAAGAUAAAUGGAGGAAUCUGAGAAAAGAAAGGAAAGGCUGAAAGCAAUGAGCAUUGAAGCAGAAGUGUCUAAUGACGUUGAGGCUUCUGCAAUGCCUGGUUUCGAAUCCAUUGACCGAGACUGCAGGAUGACUUUGGUAGAACUCCGCGUUUUGACUAUUAUACCGACCCUAUGGCAGCAUUUUCUGCUAACAAGAAGAUGGGCAACAGUCAUAAUCAGACUGUGGAAGGGCAACAACCUUUUACACCUCCAACUGUGCAUACACCGUUCCAGCCUGGUACACUCGUUUUUACUGAUAUUGAUUUAUUAUACUUUUGCCUAUUUAUUCUGGUUCGGCGGGAUCAGGGACUUCAAUAGGUAUUUGCCUCUCCAUCAGAUGCAAACCCAUUUUUCACCUGUUCAGGGCGUAUACAACCUUGGUCCAUACAACCCUAGAAUAACAAGACCUUCACUCAUGCGUCGAGGCCAAUCUGAUUCUUGGAAUGGAUCACAAGCAUCUGAUAACCAUAACAUAGUUUCUGAUGGAACACCCAGAGGAAUGUUUGAAGGUAGCCCUGGUUUCAAUAAUGGAACAGUCAAUCCUCGAACGUUUGGUAACAGUCUGAUCCUCGAUCGAGGACCUAGAGGAAUCCAUGUUGGAAGAUCCUUGGCGGCAUUUAAAACCAUUCCAUGGAGAAGACAAGAAGCUGGAGUGGAUGGUUUGAGUACUCCAGGCACUUCAAAUUCCUGGCUUCCAAAAUCCAUUGCCACAAAAAUGGCAAAAGUUUCAGAGGCUUCUUCUAACAAGUUUAGUUCUCAACAAAGUCUUGCUGAAUACCUCGCUGCUUCAUUCAACAAAGCUGUUUAGGACACCCAAAAUGCAUGGAAGUUGCUCAAAUCUCCAAGAACAACCAUAAUUGGUUUGAAAUGAAUGGCGAUGUAGAAGAGGUCUUCUAUGACCAUUUAGCUGAUAUUUGGACAUGGCAUUUCCAAAUAAAUAAAUUUAUUAGAUGGAUAUUAAUACAUUAACGUGAGGUGAAAGCCAU